ACGCAGUGUCGCUCUCAUGCACAGACAGUAACAUGGAAGACCAGACUGGAUUGAGAUUUACAAACACAGCGAGCAGAGAAUAUCAAACCAGCCCCUAACCUGUGUUUCCGAGCGCGUUUCAUGUGUUUUGUUUGGAAGAAAGGCGUCUUUCUGAAGUGAUGAGAAUGUUGGGCAUGUACGUGCCGGACAGAUUCGUGCUGAAGUCCUCUAAAGUUCAGGACGGGAUGGGGCUUUACACUGCCAGAGCAGUCAAGAAGGGUGAGAAAUUCGGCCCGUUUGCAGGUGAAAAGCGGAUGCUGAGUGACUUGGAUGAAAGCAUGGAUCCACGACUGAUGUGGGAGGUUCGAGGGAAUAAAGGUGACGUGCUGUAUAUCCUGGACGCCAGUAGCCCUCGUCACGCUAACUGGCUUCGCUUCGUUCACCAAGCCCCUUCACAGGAGCAGAAGAACCUGGCCGCCAUUCAGGAUGGAGAAAAUAUCUUCUAUCUGGCUGUUGAUGACAUUGCGACAGAUACGGAGCUUCUGAUUGGUUACCUGGACAGUGACAUGGAGGAGGAAGAGGAGGACCUGGAGGAAGAUCAGGACAUCAAAGAGGAAGAGGAGAACAGUAAAGAGAGCAAACACCUCAGCACAGAAACCGAGCUGGUGAUUAAGAAUGAAGAUUACCCAUGUCUGCUGUGUGAGAACAACUUCCCCAGUGAAGACAUGUUAGCGGAGCAUCUUCAGAGCUUCCAUCAGAGAGGAAGUACAGAGGACAAAGAGUUUAAAUGUCGCUCCUGCGGAAAAGAGUUUCCUGUCAAACAGGCCCUGCAGCGCCAUGUUCUUCACUGUACAGAGAGCUCAGCUUCAUCAGAAGACCCUUCAAAAGUUCAUCAGUGUGUCCUGUGUCACAGCACUUUCUGUUCAGAGUCCAGUUUUGAGCAGCAUAAAGAGGCGUGUAAAGGAGAUGGUCGGUUCAUCUGUAAGUCGGAGAGCUGUGGGAAAAGAUUUAAAAGUAAAGACGCCCUGAAGAAACACAAAGGCAACGUCCACACAGGGAGUGCUCGCAGGAAGUUGGUAUGCACCAUCUGUAGUAAGAAGUGCUCAUCCUCACUCAACCUGCAGGAGCACCGCAAGGUUCAUGAGGUCUUUGACUGUACCGCCUGUGAUAAAAAGUUCAUCUCCGUGAAUCAGUUGAAGCGACACAUGAUCUCACACUCUGAAAAGCGUCCGUACACCUGUGAUAUCUGCAAUCGAAGUUUCAAGCGUCUGGAUCAGGCCACUGCUCAUAAGAUCAUCCACAGCGAAGAUAAACCCUACAAGUGUAAGGUGUGCUGGAAGGAGUUCGCUCACCGCAACGUCUACAAAAACCAUAAAAAGACGCAUUCGGAGGAGAGGCCUUUCCAGUGUGAAGAGUGUAAGGCCCUAUUCCGCACCCCGUUCUCUUUACAGCGCCACCUCCUCAUUCACAACAGUGAGCGGACGUUUAAGUGCGACCAGUGUGACGCCACCUUCAAGCGCAAGGACACACUCAACGUGCACAUUCAGGUCGUACACGACGGCCACAAGAAGUACAAGUGCGACCUGUGUGAGAAGGCCUUCGUCACGCCAUCUGUGCUCAAGAGCCACAAGAAGACGCACACCGGAGAGAAGGAGAAGAUCUGUCCGUACUGCGGGCAGAAGUUUGCCAGUAACGGCACUCUGAGAGUGCACAUCCGCAGCCACACGGGUGAGCGGCCGUAUCAAUGCCCAUACUGUGACAAGGCCUUCAGCAAGAACGACGGCCUUAAAAUGCACAUACGUACACACACUCGGGAGAAGCCGUAUAAAUGCAGCGAGUGCAACAAGGCCUUCAGUCAGAAGCGCGGUCUGGAUGAACACAUGCGCACACACACCGGAGAGAAGCCCUUCCAGUGCGACGUGUGUGACCUGUCCUUUAGUUUGAAGAAGAUGUUGAUCAGACACAAACUGACCCAUAAUCCCAACAGACCCAUGGCUGAAUGCUCCCUGUGCCACAAGAAGUUCACCCGCAACGACUACCUCAAAGUCCAUAUGGAGAACGUCCACGGAGAGACGGAGGGAUAGACAAUCAUACACUACACCUAUACAUAUACACACACUCACACAAGCCGUAUAAAACCAUGUAUGCAAAGGUAUAUACAACACACAAGGGUAUGUUUGAGUGGCCACAC